UACCUAUAUAUUAUAAUUAUUUAUAGGAACCCAUGAAAUCAAAGGCUCCUCAGUUACAUUUAGAAUACAGGUUUUAUAAACUAUUGGGAAAUCAUGAAGGCAUUCCUAAAGUAUAUUAUUUUGGACCUUGUGGAAAAUAUAAUGCACUGGUUAUGGAAUUGUUAGGACCUAGUCUUGAAGACCUGUUUGAUUUGUGUGAAAGGAAGUUUAGUCUUAAAACAGUACUAACUAUUGCUAUCCAAUUGUUACAUCGUAUAGAAUAUGUCCAUUCCAAACACCUUAUUUAUAGAGAUGUAAAGCCAGAAAAUUUUUUAAUCGGAAGACAGUCCACUAAAAGACAUAACAUUAUUCAUAUCAUAGAUUUUGGUUUAGCAAAAGAAUAUAUAGAUCCAGAAACAAAUAAGCAUAUACCAUACAGAGAACAUAAAAGUUUAACUGGAACAGCAAGAUAUAUGAGUAUAAAUACGCAUCUUGGCAAAGAACAAAGUAGAAGGGAUGAUUUAGAGGCACUUGGACAUAUGUUUAUGUAUUUUUUACGAGGCAGCUUGCCGUGGCAGGGUUUAAAAGCAGAUACUCUAAAAGAACGAUAUCAAAAAAUAGGAGAUACUAAAAGAGCUACUCCUAUUGAAGUGUUAUGUGAAGGUUAUCCAGAUGAAAUGGCAACCUAUUUGAGAUAUGUCAGAAGAUUAGAUUUCUUUGAAACUCCUGAUUAUGAUUAUCUUAGAAAAUUAUUUCAAGAUCUGUUUGAAAAGAAAAGUUUUAUUGACGAUGGAGAAUUUGACUGGACUGGAAAGCAACUUUCCACGCCAGUUGGAUCUCUACAAACUGGUCAAGAAGUGAUUGUUUCUCCAAAUAGAGAAAGACAUAUUACCUCAGAUACACGGCAUGGUAAACAACAAAGAACAGCAUGGCUGGAACAGACAAACAAACAGCCAGGGUCAAGCAUGCUAGGCACAAACCUCACACAAGCAGAUCGUCACGGAUCCGUCCAGGUUGUCAGUUCAACCAACAGUGAGUUAGCCAACGAUAAUCCCACAACAGGUCACUCCAACACACCAAUUACAGUUCCAGUAGAAGUAGAAGUGGUUUCAGAGACUAAAUGUUGUUGCUUCUUCAAGAAAAAACGGAAAAAACCAGGAAGACAAAAAUGACUCGCCGUCAUGUGUAGUCCCGAACAAGAAGCAGUGUUAUUACAGACAUCGCCUUCGGAUUCCAAGGAAAGCAUUGGUGCAGUCCACGUUCAAACUGCCACUGUAUGAAUGUCUUCACGAUCUUCUCAAUCAUAUUCACCAUGUCUUUGAUUUGUUCUGCAGCUGUGGCACUACAGACAUAGAAAAAACUUCAAGAUAUCAGACAGACAAAUUAAGUAGCAUGGAAUCUUUUAAUGGCUUAAAUAUGUGGCUUAGUGUCCAGAUAACAAAGUCAAAACAUCUAAGAAAGGUACACCUUUGAUUUUGUGAGGACAAGAGUGGAUAUAGCACCUCUGUUCCUUUCUUCCAAUCUUAUUUGCAUUGAGAGACUUCAGGAAAUUUUUUUCUUGGCUAUUGUAGAUGCGCUCCAGCUCCCAUUUUUUGAAUCACAACGGAUAUCAAAGCUCAUUGGUUCUUAUGUAUUAAAAUACAAUUUUAAAUUUUAUUAUAUUGACUUGAUUCUAAAUUAAAUUUCUUUUAAAAGAUCAAUUUAAAAGUACUUAAAAAAUAAACAAUAAAAAAAGCAAAAAAAAAAAAGAUUUCAACUGGUGACAGUCAAGUGUUCUGUGCAUUAAUCAGUUAUCAUAGUUCAGAUGAAAAUGAGAUAGAAUGACCUAAAUGUGAUUCCUGUGCCUCGGAUGCAUUUUAUUACAACGCUGAAUUCCCCUCUAGUUGCCGCAUACGUUGGUGUGAUUCAUAAUUCUCGGUGUCCAGAUGUAAAUAUUUUAUUUAAUCAUCACCACUGCGAUUCGAGUGACAUUGGUGAUGUUUCGAGUCUUUCAGUGUGCACUUACGUGGUAAUCGAUCAUAUAGCAUCAGAAUUCUCAUUUCUUUUCCAUGGCAAUAAAUAAAUUUUUUUUUUCUGAAAAUUGGGUAAAUGUUAGUAAUGUAUUCUGUAGAUAGCCUUGGCAAACAAAAACUAUAAAGAAAAGUUGCCAAAUUAAGUAGAAAGGAGUAUUCUGGUGCUGAACCAAACACAAGUUUUCCAUCCUGAUUUAUUACUACUACUAUUAUAAUUAUUGCAAGUUUUUUUUUUUAAGAAAAUGUUAUAGACAUUGUGAAGUCAGCUUAUGAUCUCGCCUUCCUAUUUGUCUCUAAAUAGAAAUCAACAGUCGAUAAACAUGUAUUAGUUCCUUAUUAAUAAGCGUGUUUAAGUUUUAUGUACCAUCUGAAACUUUUUUUACUGUACAGAAUCUUUAGGUUGAAAUAUACUGCAUGAUCCUUAUUCCAAACACAUGGUUUUAAAAUAUUUCAUACUAUCAAUGUUUCAAUUAAUUUUUUUAGGAUCUUUGUAGCAGCUUGUACUAUUGUAGUGCAAAACUUGAAAUAUUUGUAUCUUGUACAGCUGGAAUAAACCAGAAAAAGUUAA